CUUCAAUUCAAAAUCAAUCAAUCAAAAUCUUGAAUUUCGAAUUUUUGGCAUCGGAAAAAGUGUAAUCUUUCUCGGGUGAAUCGUGCAUCGCGAUUUAGGACAUCACCAUUUAGAAAUUUCACACUAAAUUUACAGCAACUCACCUAGACAAAUUUAAUUAUAUAAAUUUGACUCUCAGACUCAGUGUUAUUGAAAAACGAAUAAGUGCCGGAUAGUGUCGCAUCUUUCAGAUUUCGAAUUCAUUAUUCUUCGAUAUUUGAUUGUUUUUUUCUUCAGCCAGUGUUAAAUACAGAAUUUGAUUCCACCCUGGCACCCGUGCCAUCCAGAAGGUUCCCGGGUCGUAACACACCAAAAUGAUCCAGCCCUUUAGAAGGAAACUGUUAAAAAUACUCAGCACUUUUCUGAACACGUAAAAUAGAAACCACAGGACUCACACGACGACCAAAACUAUCAGUGAUACAAGUAGUUUUUAAUUAAAUUAAUUAAUUCGGUGAUAUUAGGUGUAAUUAGUGCCAUUGUGAUUUAGUGAAAUGUCCAAAAUGUGGUGUUUGAUUGGCAUCGUGCUGGUGGUGGCGGUGGGAGCUGAUAGGUCCAUGUUACCCCCUGCUUGUGAUAGUGUUAUUUACUGCCACGGGCCCUUACUGGACACGGUCCAGAUGGCAGGCCUGUACAACGACUCCAAGACCUUCGUGGACAUGAAGAUCAAGCUGUCACCCCAGAUCGCCAUGGACCACUUCAUGGAGAUGAUGAACAGGACAGAUUCCCAUCCGACGAAGGCUGACAUCCAGGAGUUCGUUAACCAGAACUUCGAGCCGGAAGGGUCGGAGUUCGAAGAAUGGAAACCCACAGACUGGAAGGAUAACCCUGCGUUUCUCGCGAAGAUAAAGGAUCCGUUGUUGCACCAGUGGGCGACGGAUCUCCACGCCUUGUGGCUCCAACUGGGCAGGAAGAUGAAGGAAGAGGUGAAGAAUAACCAGGACCUGUACUCCAUCAUCUAUGUGGACAACCCCGUCAUAGUUCCUGGUGGCAGAUUCCGGGAGUUUUACUACUGGGACUCCUACUGGAUCCUCAAGGGUCUCCUGCUAUCAGAAAUGAGGUCCACAGCGAGGGGCAUGGUGUCCAAUUUCCUGGAUAUCGUGGAAAGAAUAGGCUUCAUUCCCAACGGAGGGAGAAUAUAUUACGCUAUGAGAUCUCAACCCCCCCUCCUAAUUCCCAUGGUGAAGCUGAUCAUGGAUGACAUGGACGACAUAGAGUUCCUCAGGCGUCACAUACACACCCUGGAUCGGGAGUUCGAUUUCUGGAUCACUAACCACACGGUCGAAGUUGACCAUAAUGGGCACAAAUACAAAUUAUCGAGGUUCAUUGACCAAUCGCAAGGCCCUAGGCCAGAAAGUUACAAAGAAGACAUCGAUUGUGCAAAGCAUUUUGACUCCCGCGACAAAAAAGAGGAGUUGUAUGCGGAACUGAAGGCUGCUGCGGAGUCCGGGUGGGACUUUUCAUCGAGAUGGUUCAUACUGAACGGAACUAAUAAAGGGAACCUAACGAAUCUGAAGACCCGCUCCAUAGUGCCAGUGGAUUUGAACGCUAUAAUGUGUUCCAACGCUCAACUAAUGCACGACUUUCACGCGAGACUCCAAAACGCCGAAAAAGCGGCGUAUUACAGAGACGUCCAUGCGAGAUAUAUGGAGGCUAUUGAGAAGGUAUUAUGGCAUGAAGACGUGGGCGCGUGGUUGGAUUUCAACCUGGAGUCCGGGAGACCUCGGGACUAUUUCUAUCCCACUAACAUCGCCCCAUUGUGGACUAAGUGCUACGACCAGUCUAGAAAGGAGUAUUUUGUCAAUAGAGUUAUAAAUUAUUUGGAUAAAGUUAAGGUGGACAUUUUCGAAGGCGGCAUCCCCACCACGUUCGAGCACUCGGGAGAACAAUGGGACUACCCCAACGCUUGGCCGCCAUUACAACAUAUCUUCGUUACCGGCUUAGCCAAUACCGGCAUCCCAUCCGCGAUGAGAUUAGCCAAUGAGCUCGCUACCAAGUGGGUCCGUUCGAAUUUCGAAGUUUGGAAAGAGAAGACUGCUAUGCUUGAGAAGUAUGACGCGACAAUAUUUGGCGGUUUUGGAGGAGGCGGCGAGUACGUUGUUCAGACUGGCUUCGGCUGGACCAAUGGCGUCAUAAUGACAUUACUCAAUCAGUACGGAGAAACCAUGUCUGCAGCGGAGGAGUUCGGCACCGGGCCCGUGGACUCCGGCGCCGUGUACGGGGCACACGUCGGCGCCAGCGGGGUGGCGACUGCGGUCCUGGUCGUCUUGGCGUCAUUGGCCACCGGCGCUUUGGGGGUGAUGAUGUAUAUGAAACGAAGAGACUACGCCCCCCUGACAGGUGGCGAAGACGUCAAACUUCUCUCAAGAAAGGCCUAUACGGAGCUAAAGAGUAUGAACGGGGAAUCGAAUCCACGACAACGGUGAACCUGCUCACUACAAAACCCAAAUACCUUAACAAUACCGGUAAAAUCCAGUACGAUUUAUUUUAAAAAAAUCAUUAUAUAAAUUAUUUUUAUUUUUAUUGAUUGCGAUGUAUUAAAACAAGUUCCUUAUAAUUAUGGUUAUUAUAAUUACUGUUUGUUAUAUAGUUGUCUUAUUCAUAAAAUAUUUUAUUUAUUCUAUUAAAAUAAUACAAUAGAAAAUAUACAAGUGAACUAGAAAAGUAUGAAUUCAUUUGCACGCUUGUGUUCAAAGAUUUUUUUCUUUAUAUUCCUUCGUGAUAUAUAUAUAUAUUUUUUAUAAUCACCCAGAUUUAUAUUCAUUCUAUGGCCGGUGAAAAUUUUGUGACAAGAAGGUAUUGCACUCUGUGCCCAGAAAUAAGUGAUUCGACUUUAUCAUGAUUUUUGUGCUGUGAAGUUUAAAACCUUGUACAUAAUAGCCGUAAGGAAACUUUUUUUUGCGCACAAAAAUAUUUUUCCAUAUCAGGAAUAUAAAUCAAAAAAGUAAUUAAUUUUUUUAAUAACAUUUUAAAUAUUAUCUUUGUGAUAAAGUUAGAAUUUUCCAGUUAAAUAUUGGAAUUUAGUUAAUUCGAUCUUACUUUUAGCACGAACUGAUUUGAAAAACUUAGAUUCUUUAAUAUAUUUAUUUUUAAUUCAUUUAUGAUUUAUUGAAAAUUAAGAUUAUUGAUAUUUUAUCCCUCCACUGUUUCAUGAUUUUAGUGAUGUGCCAUUACAAGGAAUAUCCAAAGCUGAAUUCACGUAUUUGAAAAAAUGUGGAGGUAUAUUAAAAUGAUAUCAUAUUCAACAUUUCAUGAAUUUAGAUAGGUUUUCAUAUGAAGGCAGUAUAAAAAAAAAUACAUUUAAUGUGAAUCCAAUGCAAAAAAGCCUAUAGUAGAAUAUAUUCGUUAAAUAAAACCACAUAUUUGAUGUUAAACGCUCAAUUACGUUUCAUUGUAAAGCAAUAUUAAUUAUACCUUUUGUGCCAACGCAGUAAAAUCAUUUUGAAGCCACAAAUUGCAUUUUAUAUACUUUUAGUCAUGCACUGGUUAUCUUCAUUCAAUAAAUGAUAAGUAGUUCAAUAUUAUUAUACUUUAAUUUUUAAGUAACAACGUCUAUUUUUAUUGUACAUCUACAAUAUUGAAGGAAAUAAAAAAGUACACAAAUCAAAAGCUGUAUGUUGGUCUAAUAAAUUAUUGGCAUUUUCGUACACUUAACAUAGAAAUGGCUUUACAAAAUAAAUAUAAAUAUUUUCAUAAUGGUCCUCAUUUAAUUCUUUUCUAAUCUUAGCUUUUUGUGUGAACACAUUUAAUUCGAUACCUAUUUAAAUGAACUAUAUAAAGAACAAACUUAAUAGUCAGUUUUAGGUAUUAGAUGAAAGUAUUAUUAGUUAAACUAUUUUUAAUUUUAGAUUUAAGUAGAAUUCUUUUUUCGAUAUAUUUAUAUCGGUUAAUGCAUUUAUGAUAAACAGUUUAUGGCUUCAAAAUGAUUUUUCUUAUACAUAUUUUAAUUGCGAAGUUAUACGAUUGCUUUUUGUAAGUUUCAGAAUUCGGUAUUUUAUAUCUAUUUCUAUUUACGUGAAAAAUAUAUUAAUCAUUAGUAUGCGUUUGACAAAUUUCGUAAUAAUACUACUUAUAAGCUUUAAAUGUGUUCAACUUGUAAUUCUACACAUCUUAAAGUUGGGCCGCCAGUAACAAAAAGUGAAAUUCUGACUCUUAAUUUGACUAAAAUGCUGUUAAAUUAAUUUGAAAUAUUAGGUUGCCAGUAUAAAUAUUAUAAUUAAUUUACUAAAAUUGGGCGACUAUGAAAAUGGACUUCUAUUUUUGUGUAUUAAAAUAAAUCUUGCAUGAUUUGUUAAUUAUUUAUUAUAGAUUAAAUGGUGCAGGCGCCAAUAGUGAAAAGAUAUAAUAAAUCAUGACAUUUUAUCAUUUAAUUUAAGAUAAAUAAAUGUUUGAAUAUUAUUUUGUUAUACUAUUUGUGAUUUUUUUAGUAUAAAAUCAUUUAUUUCAUUCGUGUAUGUGGCUUUUAGUGAGAAUUAUUUUAUAUUAUCCAUGUUUUAAGUACGAUAUGUUUGAAAUAUUAAUGGAUUUGUUUUACGUUAAUUAAGCUGAUAGCUACCUCUUUUCGUAUGCACAUUGUAACUUUGGAUAACAUUGUGAUAUAAUCGUGAAAAAAAAACAAUUUACACAGAAUAAAGAUUAUAUUUUGGACUCCUUCAAGGAUUUUGACGAAAGGCGGUAUUUGGUAGUUAUACUAUGAUUAAAAUCUUAGAACGUAUAAUAUUUUGCCGAUGAAAUCACUUCUGUCAGUGUCAUUACAUACAUAUGUCAAUUUUUUCACAUUUAGGAAAAGACACAAAUGGCAUAUAGAUUGAGUGUAAAAAUGUUCAUGUAAAUCUUUUUAUCCUACCAUCAAUAUCAAAUGACCAACACAAUUUUAUUUUACGUGAGUAGUUAUGCGCCAUUGGAAACACUAUCGCGGAAUGUUUCCGGAAAUAUUAUUUUUUUAAUUUCCAAUAGUGUCUCAUCACUACUCAUGUUUUUUUUAAGUCACUAUUCUGACACCGGAAACAAAUCCAAACAGCUUUUUUGUGAUAAUUUGUAAAUAUUUUAUUUUAGGUAAUGUUCCUAGCUUUUCUUAGACAAUUUGCAGAUUUAGGAAACGGUAUUUUUUUGUAGCAAUGGUAUGCAGUGAUGCCGUUAUUUAAUAGAAUUUAGAAUCAAUAUAAUAAAUAUGAGAUAUAAUGCA